AUGGGGUCGCUCCGAUGUCUGCUUUGCUGCAGCAAUCCGAUCCUGUGCCUGCCAGGCUGUGAGAUGGCAUCGAUUCAGCAGGAUCCCGCUGCCUUCGUUUGGGCCUGGACCACGUUUCAGCAGCCGAAAUGUCGUGGUGGACAGGACAUGGCAUCGCCAUCGCAGACCAGCAUCCACUCCUGUUCGCCACGACGACCAUACCGCCAUACCGCCAUAUCGCCAUGCCAUGCCGACCCGCACGCUGCACCGAUGGCACCGUCCAUCUCGGCCACCGACCCUGCCACCGACCCUGCCACCGACCCUGGCACCUGCCGCCCGUGUGGCGGCGGGCUUGUUCCUUUGACAUCCCCGACCAACCACACGGCUUGCUGUCUGUCGGUGGUGGAAGCGAGCAGUGCCGAUGCUCCAGCCGUGGAGUGGGUCUUGAGAUGCGUCCAGCAGGACGGGCAGUCGAAAGGGCAGCCGAGAGGACAGUCGCCGUGA